AUGGCUGACGAAUUCAACCCGCUUGCAGUGCUUGCCACUGUUGUGGCCAUCAUCUCUUCGUUCAUUGCAUUGUACUUUGUCAAGAAGAACAAGAAGCCGCAGCCCGUUUUGUCCCCCACGGAGUUCAGAAAGUUCCCCUUGAUCGAGAAGAUCCGGGUGUCGCACAACUCAUGUAUUUAUAAGUUUGGCUUGCCUCGCUCAACCGACAGAUUGGGCUUGCCCAUCGGGCAACACAUCUCCAUCUCUGCCAUCAUCGAUGGCAAGGAGGUGGUGAGAUCGUACACGCCCAUUUCCAACGAUGACCAGUUGGGCUCCUUCGACUUGUUGAUCAAGACUUACGAAAACGGAAACAUUUCCCGCUACGUGGAGUCGAAGAAGAUCGGCGAGACCAUCGACGUCAGGGGCCCCAAAGGGUUCUUCACCUAUACUCCAAACAUGCGCAAGUCUCUCGGCAUGGUUGCUGGAGGUACCGGAAUCGCCCCGAUGUACCAGGUGCUCACUGCCAUUUUGGAUGACCCAACCGAUAAAACCAAGAUCCACUUGGUGUAUGCCAACGUUGCCGAGAACGACAUUUUGUUGAAGGCCGAGCUCGAGGCCUUGGAGGCCAAGCACCCGGAACAGCUCAAGAUCCAUUACGUGUUGAACAAUGCGCCUGAAAACUGGAAGGGCUCCGUUGGCUUUGUCACGCCUGAGAUCAUGGAUACCCACUUACCCAAGAACCACGAGGACACGAACUUGUUGAUCUGUGGGCCACCCCCAAUGGUUUCUGCAAUCAAGAAGGCCGCACAAACUUUGGGCUACCCCAAGGCUAAGGCUGUCAGUAAAUUGGGUGAUCAGGUUUUUGUCUUCUAG